UUAGCCACUGAGACCUCUCCAGCACUCUGCACAUCCCUUCAGCACUUCUACACUCUCACGGACCUCUCCAGCUGACAAACUCACACAAACUUUUUUGCUAACAGAUAGAAGACAGCAGAAAGUACUGCUUUUUUUUAAUUCAAAAAAGGGAUUAUUCUUUGUGUUUUACUUAGUUUAUUUUAAUACCAACAAAAAGGGAAAACUACAUUUUACUCAUCUACCCAUCCAGGAUGUCCUUACCUCUGCUGAGUGGAAUUGUGGUGAUCUUCUUUGGAAUGCUGGCAAGGAGCUCGCCCACCCCUGGCUCCCUGGACGGGCACACAUCUGUCACCGACUGCCCCUCUUGUGCCCUCUCCAGAAUGCAAAAGGACAUGCCGGCCACUUCCCAGCAGGCAGACAUGGUGGAGGCAGUCAAGCAACACAUCUUGACCAUGCUGCACUUGAAACAGAGACCUAACAUCACCCAACCAGUGCCCAGGGCAGCCCUCCUGAAUGCCAUCAAAAAGCUGCAUGUGGGCAGAGUUGGGGAGGAUGGCAAUGUAGAGAUUGAGGAUGACAGCCACAGCCGGACAGAGAUGAAUGAGAUGGCUGAGCAAAUGUCUGAAAUCAUCACUUUUGCUGAGGCAGGUGCCUCUUCAGGCUUGGUGCACUUUCAGAUCUCCAAGGAGGGCAGCGACCUUUCACUCAUAGAGCAGGCCAAUGUCUGGCUCUUUCUCAAGCUCUCCAAGACCAACAGGAGCCGCGCCAAAGUGACCAUACGGCUGUACCAGAGAAAGCAAGGCAUGGUAAAAGGGGAAGAGGAGAUUGUCGUCUCAGAGAAAGCUGUGGACACGCGGAGGAGUGGCUGGCACACCUUGCCAGUCUCCAGCAGCGUCCAGGCACUGCUGGAAAAGGGACACAACUCCCUGGAUCUGCGGAUAGCCUGUGAGCAGUGCCAGGAGGCCGGCGCCACCCCUAUCCUAGUAGAAAAGGAUGAGCGGGAGCAGUCCCACCGGCCCUUCCUCAUGGUGGUGAUACGCCAGUCCGAUGAGCACCCUCACCGGCGGAGGAAAAGGGGCCUGGAAUGCGAUGGAAAGAUCAGCGUCUGCUGCAAGAAACAGUUUCAAGUCAGCUUCAAGGACAUCGGCUGGAACGACUGGAUUAUAGCCCCCACGAGCUACCACGCCAAUUAUUGUGAAGGGGACUGCCCAAGCCACAUAGCGGGGUCCUCUGGCACCUCUCUCUCCUUUCACUCGACUGUCAUCAACCAUUACAGGAUGCGGGGUAUCAGCCCCUUUAACAACAUCAAAUCCUGCUGCGUGCCCACUAAACUACGGGCCAUGUCCAUGUUAUACUACGACGAUGGGCAGAACAUUAUUAAAAAGGACAUGCAGAACAUGAUAGUGGAGGAAUGUGGCUGCUCUUAAAGACAAGCAGACCGCCCUGAACAUGGUAGUUGGGGGAAAGACAUUCCUCCCUUUCCUCCAACAGACCCACAAACCUUGACAGACACAGCAUGGAGUUCAAUUUAUAGUCUGCUGGUUGCCAGUCACUUGGACCAGCCUGUGGCACUUUCAGAAAAAAAAAAAAUACAAAAAAAAGUACAAAAAAAAUAAAAUAAAUAAAUAUAAUAUAUUUUUGUUACA